CAUCCCAUUUUGAGCACAUGACUUGUGGUGCUUGCUCCAGUAAGUCACGGAACCAAACGUUUGCAGUAUUGCAGUGAAAUUAUUGUUUAGUUAACGUUGGUAUUUUCCCGACGCUUUUUGGCUUGUAUUGUUAUAAACAUAUUUACAAUGAAGCUGCAGUGUUUGGUUGUUGCUCUAUGUGUCGUUGCGGGUGUAAUGGCUGGGAAAUACUCUCGUGAAGUGAACGAGCCGAAGGCGAGUGGCAGUGAUGGACAUACAGUGGAGUUCAGGAUAGCUAAACUAAACCAGGUGUGGGAGAAGGCUAAAAGGAUGCAGUUGUCCCCAGUGCAGCUGGCUGAGCUGCACAGUGAUCUGAAGAUCCAGGAAAAAGAUGAGAUGCUGUGGAAAAAGAUGAAGGUUGAGGGGCUUGAUGACAAUGGGGAGAAAGAGGCCCAGAUCCGGCGCAACUUCAAUGUGAUCCUGGCCAAGUAUGGGAUGGAUGGGAAGAGGGACACACGACCACUGGAGAGCAACUACCUAAAGGACCAUGACUCCAAAGAGGGAGACACAUUUGAUGAUCCUAGGCUGGAUAAACUCUGGAACAAGGCCAAGAACUCAGCGAAGUUCUCCAACGAGGAGUUGCUGAGCCUGAAGAGGGAGUUCCAGCACCACAAAGACAAGCUCCACGAGUACAACAUCCUCAUGGAUACCAUCAGCCGGACUGAGGAGAUACACAAGAAUGUGAUCUCUCCCUUGGAGGGUGACGCCAAAGAGCCUGUACUGCACCAGAAGCACACGGAGCUGAAGCAGAAAAUGAGAGACCUCAACCAGGGCUUGGAGCGUCUCCGUAAGCUCAGCCAUGAGGGCUUCACUGAAGACAGUGAGUUUCGUGAGCCCCGUGUUAUUGAACUGUGGGAGGCCGCCAAGAGAGCCAACCUCAGCGAAGACGAGCUGGACUCUUUUAAGGAGGAGCUGCAUCACUUUGAGACCAAGGUGGAAAAGCACAGCCAUUACCAGGAGCAGCUGGAACUGUCCCAUCAGAAGCUGCAACAUGUGGAGGCUUUAGGAGACAAAGAGCACAUCAAGAGGAACCAGGAGAAGUACAACACACUUGCUGAGAAGACCAGGGAAAUGGGCUACAAGAUGAAGAAACACAUGCAGGACUUGUCCAACAAGAUCUCUCGUCAGGGACUCGGACACAAUGAGCUCUGAGAGGCUCCAUCGUGGUCAUUCCAUCAGUGAAGGCUGAAUGAACUGAACAGAUUCCCUCUACAGCCACACACCACGCAGGCCCAUUCCCUUUCAUCUGCUGUAAAAAGAAUGUUUUCAUGGAAGGUUUUCUACUUUUCUAGCUAGUGAGUUUAAAAAUCUGUGAAUGAUUUGUAGGGUACUACAUAGAUACUAUGCAUAGCAGAGAUUCAUUAUAAAAUAGUUUACAUAUUAGCCUGGUGCUUUGUAGCAGCAUCUCUUUGGACAGGUGUGGAGAAAACAUCAUGGUGAAACUGUGCCAGUACGCGACAGGGGCCAAAUUUUGUGGAGGUGGUUGUUGAGGGAUGGACAGCAGGAGUCGAGUCACCCAUAACCAGGUGAUGUAGUUUAGCUGUCGAGAUGUAAUGGCUCAGGUCCCAAGGGUCAGCCAAUUUCACCAGUGCUUCGU